AUGUCGACUCAAUACAUAAACGAGCCGGCUACAGAAGGGAAGGUGUGUCUUCACACAUCUGUAGGGGAUAUUGAUAUCGAGUUGUGGAGCAAAGAAGCUCCAAAAGCAUGUAGAAACUUUGUACAGCUGUGUUUGGAGGGCUACUACAACAAGUGCAAGUUUCAUACUGUAAUAAAGGAUUGCAUCACACAAACUGGAGAUCCUACUAACACUGGAGAAGGUGGAGAAUCUGUGUAUGAACGCGAUUUUAAGGUAAAAAGCGUUUUGAACUUGAUUUCAAAUUAAUUUUUUAAUUUUUAGGUAGAAACACAUCAAAGACUUAAGUUCAACAGGAGAGGAUUGGUGGCCAUGGCAGCAAAUCAGGAUGGCUAUUUGGCUUCUCAAUUCUUUAUCACUUUGGGAAGUACUCCAGAACUGAAUGGAAAACAUACUUUGUUUGGAAAGGUACUUGUCAAUUAUAUUAUUCUAUUUACGGUAUCUUAUGCAAUUUGGUAUUUCUUAAAAUACAUAUUUUCAGAUUGCCAAUCAGACAGUCUUUAACAUCAUGAAAUUGAAUGAGUAUGAAGUUGAUUCUGAUAACAAACCUAUCCGGUCAGAACUUAUCAAGAGAGUUGAGGUGUUGAACAAUCCGUUUAAUGACAUCGUUCUUCGAGAGAUCAAGUCGAAGGAAAAGAAACACAGGAAGUCGAAGAAAGACAAAAAGUUACUCUCACACAAUGUUGGGUUACUGUCAUUUGGCGACGAACACAACGAGGAAGAGCUUGUUUCUUUUAAUAAGGUACGUCAUUACUUAUUGGUUUUAUGUAGGGAUGAGACUCUAACCAAAGUUUUAUUUAGGUCAGGUUUGUUGAUCAUUUAUAUUUUUAUGGUAUUUAUAUUUUAUGUCGUUUUUUUAAAUAAAAAAGAGUAAAAAUGUAAACAAUUAAUUUUCAGAAGUUGAAGGGCAAAAGUGCGCACGAUGUGUUGAAAGAUGACAAGUUGAGUAAGGAAGUUGCCGUGAAACCGGAAGAAUUGGGUGACUAUAUGGUAGGCUUUUACCAAUUGUUUAUUAUGGCUAAUAAUCUAAUUAUAUUUUUUACUUUUUUGCUUAUUUUAAAGGAACCGUUCAUUGAAUUUUUUUAAAUGAAAUUUUUUCGCGGGUUUUCCAAUGUUUUCGAUUAAUUUUUUGAGAAUUUUUAUUUUCAAAAAUUAUUUUCAUUUGAUUUAUUUCUUACGAACGCGGUUGUAUAUUUUGAACCGUAUUGAGGUUUUCUUACCUAUUCAGACCACUAAAAUAUCAUAACAUCCAAGACACAAGCCUUUUUUCUUCCGAAGCUUUAUUGGCGAUAUUAUACUAGAUUUUUAGUGUUUUUGCAGCUUAAAAAUAUCUUAAUUAUCUACUGUUUCGUCUUAAAUUACUCUACAGACAAUAUCUUACCUAUUCGAACUGUUAACACAUCAAAACCCCCAAGAUACCAGGCUUUUUCACCUUGAAACCAUCAAUACCUAAUCUUGCGAAAGGUUUAUUAACAACAAGAAGGUGAAACAAUCCAAUUUGGGGAUAAAUAUACAUUCUGACAUUAAAAAAUAAUAUUACUUUACUAAAGAUACGAAAAUUGUAAGAUUAAUGAGACCAUGUAGUUGGAGAGGUUGGUGGAUGUGGGUUUAGGCGUUCGCUUACCUCAAGGAUAAUACCAUUAUAUGUGAUCUAAAGUCCUGAAAACGAAAACAUACGGAAAUACUUACUUUUGACGUCGAAUUAGCUGCUUUUUACUCUCUAACGAAACCUGACAUUUUUAAACCAAUAGUAAAGUAAAACCUACACUAUUCUUUAGAAGUUUUACUGAACUAAAAGUUUUAAAAUGGUUUCAUUAUGAUAAGGAACAUGUUUUUACAGUUUAGAACAAAUAAUAUGUAGAAUAUUAAAGUAAAAGUAGUAAAAUAUAAACUGAAAACCUCAAUACGGUUCAAAAUAUACAACCGCGUUCGUAAGGAAUAAAUCAAAUGAAAAUAAUUUUUGAAAAUAAAAAUUCUCAAAAAAUUAAUCUAAAACAUUGGAAAACCCGCGAAAAAAUUUCAUUCAUAAAAAUUCAAUGAACGGUUCCUUUAAAUGUUUAGGAUAACGGAGAUGAAGACGAAGAUGGUGGAGAAAGCUUAAACAAAGUAAGGGAACGUCUAAAGUCCGGAAAGAGGAAAAGAGAGGUCAAGAAGGAGGAAGACGACCCAGAAGUUGACUUUGACGGUGCUCUGGAUGAUGUCGACAAGGCUAAAAAAGAUGCUGAAAGGUAAUUGCCAUCUUACUAACUAUUUAUUAUUGGUGCCUACUUAAAUGGUUUUUUCAUUUCAUGACUUUAACUGACCUUUUUAGGGAAGCACUAAUGGCCGAAAGUAAGCGAUUGCAAAAAGAGUAUGCCAAAAGUUUGAGAGGGCCAAAAGCUCAAAAAGUGGCAGAAGAUACGACGACAGACACGAUGAAGGAAUACAAUAAGAUGAAACUGAAGUACAAGUCCAAGCAUGAUAAUGUUGUGAAGGAACUUGAUAAGAAGCGUGAGCAGCAAACAAUGAUGUUGGUGAAUAGGUUCAAGAACAACUUGAACAAGGAAACGUCUUCCAAAAUGUUGAACAACAAGAAGAUUGACAUGGCAGGUCAAAAGACACAAGCAGAACUUCUGAAGGAAGGAACGGAAGCUGCACCAAAGAGAAGAUUUGAUGACAAGAUGGAUAUAGAUGAAGAAAACGAAGGUGAAGCCACGCUUCUGGAAGUCGGCGAAGAAGUUCCGAGCACGGAGGUGAAGAUUGAUCAAGAUGCUACUGACAUAAAAGGCUCUGAAUGGAUUACUCACAAGUUUGUGGCUCCAGAAGACAAAAGUGGAAUGACGAAGGCAAGGGAUGCUAACUUGAGAGAGGAGGAUGAGGAAUGGUACGAUAUCAGCGAUCCUCGCAACAAAAUGAAUCAGAGGAAGCGAGAGCAAAUCUAA